AUGACACGAAGUUUCACUAUUGACAAUGAUUCAAAAGUAUUGAAUCCACAAAAAUUUAUUCAAAAAGAGCGUGCACAAUCCAAGUUGAGAAUUGAUCAGAUCAACACGUUCUUGGAGAAUACACCUCAGAGACGUGAUUUGACACACAGCUUGAUCGAAGAGAUAUGUAAUGACCCGGUAUUGAAGACUGACACGGAUUAUUACGAUCAAACCAAGAGUCAGCAGCGGCUAGAGACAGCGAAGAAAAUCGCGAGACUAUCUUUGUAUAUGGAACACGACAUUAAAACGAUUAGAAAUCAAUUUAAGGGGACAGACUUGAUCAAAGAACUUCAAAAUGAUACUGAACAUAAAUUACCGAGCUUAUGUAAUGAGGAUCUCUCUAUAUUUGACAAAAGACUUUCUUUGGUAGCUAAUAUUGAUCCGCAAUUGGGGACAAGGGUGGGUGUUCAUCUGGGUUUGUUUGGCAAUUGCAUUAAGGGUAAUGGAACAGACGAACAAAUUCACUAUUGGUUGCAAGAACGCGGUGCCCUUUUCAUAAAGGGUAUAUAUGGAUGUUUUGCAAUGACUGAGUUGGGACAUGGCUCGAAUGUUGCUGAAUUACAAACAAGAGCCACUUAUAAUCCCAAAAGUGACACGUUUUCAAUCGAUACUCCUGACUUAACGGCAACAAAAUGGUGGAUCGGUGGUGCUGCCCAUUCAGCUACUCACUCAACAGUGUACGCAAGGUUGAUCGUUGAAGCUAAGGAUUAUGGUGUCAAGACAUUUGUCGUCCCACUAAGAGAUCCCGCGACGUUUCAAUUACUACCUGGAGUUUCCAUAGGUGACAUUGGUGCCAAGAUGGGGCGUGAUGGUAUUGAUAAUGGAUGGAUUCAAUUCAGAAAUGUCGUUAUUCCAAGAGAAUUCAUGUUGAGUAGGUUUACAAAAGUAUUGAGAGCCAGAGACGGUUGCAUAAGUGUUAAGACGGAGCCGCAAUUAGAUUCAAUCUCAGGUUAUAGUGCCCUCUUAAACGGUAGAGUUAACAUGGUAAUGGAUUCAUUCAGGUUUGGAGCAAAGUUUGUGACAAUUGCUACUCGUUACGCUGUGGGAAGACAGCAAUUUGCUGCCAAGAAAGGACAACAGGAAUCGCAACUGAUGGAUUACCCGUUGCAUCAAUACCGCGUUUUACCACAAAUUUCUAUUGCGUAUAUGAUUUCCCCUGCGGCAUUUAAGUUAAUGGACAAUUAUUACACUACAUUGAACGAAUUAUAUAAAGUUUCGUCAAGUGACAAAUCAGCAUUGAUGAGAGUCAGUCAAAAAUUGAAAAAUUUAUUCAUCGACAGUGCGAGCUUGAAGGCAACCAACACUUGGUUAGUGGCGCAAUUAAUCGAUGAAUUGAGACAAAGUUGUGGUGGUCACGGUUAUUCGCAGUAUAAUGCCUUUGGUAAAGGUUAUAACGAUUGGGUUGUUCAAUGUACAUGGGAGGGUGAUAAUAGUAUUUUAUCACUCACUUCGGCAAAAUCUAUUUUAAAAAAAUUCGUUGAAGCUGGUACUCGAGGCAAGUUUGAUAGAGAACUAGACACCGAAUCAUUCAGUUAUUUGAAGCCAAGUUUUCUCCGUAACGUAAUAAUGGGAGGUGAAGAAGCAGAGUUGAACAAAAUCGAGGACUAUUAUCUUGUCUGGGCCAUUGCCCUCGUCAAAUUACUGAAUCACACUGCAAGAUUGAUUGAAAAGACUAAAAAAAUUGACGGUGUUUCAAAACUACUGAUUCUAAUAUCCAAAUUCCAUGCAUUGCAUUCAAUGUUGAAAGCAUACCAUGACAAGUUGAAUUCAGAUUCGGAAUCCUAUAUUACUGACGAAAAUACGAGAAGUGUUAUGUGGGAUAUCUACAAACUGUUCUCCUUGUAUUUCAUUGAUAAGCAUUCCGGUGAAUUCCAACAAUUUAAAAUUUUUGAACCAGAUCAAAUUUCACAAGAUGUCCAACCACAGCUAUUACAAAUUCUACCAAAACUGAGAAAUCAUUGUAUAGCAUUAACAGAUUCCUUCAAAUUUCCUGAUUCGAUGCUGAAUGCGCCAAUAGGUUACUAUGAUGGAGACAUCUACAACAAUUACUAUAACGAAGUGAUCAAAAACAAUCCAGUUGAGUCUGAUGGGGCGGGGAGACCAGUUUAUCAUGAGCUGCUAAGCUCCAUGUUGAAAAGAGGAUUUGAAUUUGAUGAAAGACUGGGUGGGGCUGCUAAAUCCGAGAUCCUUGCAAGGUUGGCUAAGUAA